AUCAAUCUUGAUUAAAAAAAAUGCUUGAUCAGUAAUUUAUUACCGUGAUCGAAGCUAUGACAAUGAGGUUAUGAGGUAAAAAACAUGAUUGUGGACUCUACCUAUAAUGACUCGUAUGUACUGUUUUGAUGAUUCAGUCAAUAUUGAAGUAAAUUGGAUUUGAGGACCGUGGAUGAUUGAGUGUGGUAGUGUAUGGGUUUUAUCACGGAGUUUACUGUUUUAAAUGGAAUGCGGGGAUAAUUUAAAGUGGAAGUGCAUACGGGGUAUUUUAAUGCACUUUUAAUACAGCGGCUUUUAAACGGGUUAUUGAUUGAAAUGAGAUAGGAUCAGGUCACGGGCAGGCAGUGAUGGAUUCUUUAUAUUUAAUACUUCAUUAAUAAAUAAUUGGAAUUAGAUACUUUAUGACACAAAGACACUUAUUUUAUAUGCAAAUAUUUUUUUUAUUUAAACAAAGGGAUAUAUAGAAUUUGUUUGUUAUAUAGUUAUUAAACUUGUUGGAUUAAAGGUGACAUGUCAACCUCAAGUGUUGAAAGUUUUGUGUGUGUUCCUAGAAAUUCUUGUGUAAUGAUUUAUCCAGACCCUGAAUUACAGGCUGAAGUGAUGAAUAGUCAUGUAAGAUGUAAAUAUUACAAGGAGGGGUGUCGCUGGGUGGACAAACUUCAAAACCUUCAGGCUCAUUUAGAUGUUUGCCGAUUUGAUGCCAUUCCAUGCCCGAACCAGUGUACUGAAGUUUUGUCACGUCUGUCAUUAGAUGAUCAUCUAGAAUUUAGCUGCUCGAAACGUAUCGUCAUCUGUGAAUUCUGUAACCAGGAGUUUCCUGGGGAUGCCUUUGAUCUGCAUGUAGGUAACUGCCAGUAUGAGAUAGUUUGGUGUGAGAACAAAUGCGGAGCUAAACUGGAACGUCGAUUUCUCAACAAUCACAUGCGAAACGAAUGCCACAAACGUACAGUUAAAUGUCCUUACUGUGCAAAAGAAUUUGUAUAUGAAACAUUACAGACUCAUCAAUAUCAGUGCCCCAGAUACCCAGUUCCUUGCCCAAACAGAUGUGACCCAACAAAGAUUCCACGUGAAGAGGUGGAUGUACAUGUGCAGGAGUUGUGUCCGUCUGCUACAGUCUCAUGUGCAUUCAAACAUGCCGGCUGUACGCACAAGUGUCCUAGAUACAGUAUGGAUCGUCAUAGUGAUGACAGUACAAACCAGCAUUUACAGUUGAUGUGUGACCUUGUACAGAAACAGCAAAACCAAAUAACACAACUGUGUAACGCCCUGUACUCUGUAACACAAGUCACAGAUGGCACAUUCAUCUGGAAAAUAACAGACUAUAAACAGAAGUUCAUUGAAUCCAUUUACAAAAAUACAGAAAUUGUCAGCGAGCCUUUCUACACAAUGAGGUUUGGGUACAAGAUGGCAGCGUCAGUGUUCUUGAAUGGAAAUGGUUCUGGUGAAGGCAAAUAUUUAUCUGUGUACAUUAAACUCCUGCAAGGAGAGUAUGACAACAUUCUCGACUGGCCAUUCAUGUUACCUAUCUCAUUUACAUUGUAUGACCAAAAUUCAGACAUUGAAAAACGUGCUAACAUCACGGAAAGCUUCGUCCCAGAUCCAACAUGGAAACAUUUCCAGAAGCCUGUAAAGGAUGUUGAUCAGCUGGGAUUUGGAUACCCAAAGUUUGUGUCAAAUGAAGUAUUGAAAAAGAGAGAUUAUCUCCGUGGUGACUCUUUAAUCAUUAGAGUGAAGGUGGACAACUCUCAGCAUAUCAUUACAUAAGGCCAAAAAUGAUUACCUCCCUUUCAUGCAUUUGUGUUUUUCCUGCCAUAUAUCUGUUAUAUGUACAGUGCUAUUUUAUAGCUAAAUUUUAUGUAUUAGGCCCAUUAAAUAAUGUUCACAUUACAUAAUAAUCUUAAGGCAUAGUGAAUAUGAGAAAAAAGCUUAAUCAGCGAAAAUGUCAUAUUCUUAUUUAUUUAAUUAAGGGCAUUAAGUCCUAUUAUGUUCUUUACUUACUCAUGCUAUUAAUUUAAUUCUUUGGUACUUAAUAUCGAUAUUGCAAGCUUCAAAACUGUUCAUAUUUUUUCUGUUCUUCUUGUGGUUCAAUAAUAAACAAAUAUUUAUGAUUCAGUAAGAAGUUUAAAUUUUUAAAUUAAAGUUCAUGAGAAAUUUCAGAUUCAAUAAGAAAUUGGCAUAAGAGAUCGAUUGAGAAAAAGAUAUUCAGUUAAGUUGAGAAAUUGAUAUGUGAAGUUUAGUAAGAAGUUGAUAUUUGAAGUUAAGUAAGAAGUUGAUAUUUGAAGGUCGAAAGAAAUUGAUAUUUGAGGUUCAGGAUAUCGAUAAUUGAAGUUUACAAGAAAUUGAUAUUUGAAGAUGACUAUAAAUUGAUAUUUGGAGUUUAUAAGAAAUUUAUAUUUGAAGUUGAACAAAAAUGUAACUUUUUGUGAUAAGUACAUGUUGGAAGUUGAUAUUUAAAUUUCAUAAUAUUAAAAAGGUUGGCCAGUAUUGUAAGCAACUAUAAAAUCCCGUGUCAUGUGAACUUAUGCAAAAGAUUAGUUUGCAUUUCCUUAGAUUAUAUCAGGUCACAAUAAUUGACAUUUUAUUAGGGUUCUAGAGUAUAGAAUUAGAGAAUGAGACCAGUAUGAAACUCGGCAUUUGAUUGGUUAAAUUUGUGUCACACAGGACCAAUAGAUUAAAAGCAUUUAGAUACUACCUUGUUCAGUAAGUGUCCUAUGUGACGUUCACGAGUAGAAGAGUAUAUUGUUGAAGUUGUAAUCUCUGUUUUACAACCUUAUAGCCAGGAAAAUAACAUGCAUUCUUACUUCAGCCAUCUAUAAACCAUGAUUCAGAUGGUUAAUUGAUUACUAAUUUGUGCAAUAACUUAUAAAGAUAUUCUUAUUUGUAUGUAUUUUUGUUUUGUUCAUGUAUAUGAAAUCCUUUUCGGUGAUUUGAUUGUUAUGUAUUUUGACAAUGUUUCACUCUCACAUUUGAAGCAUGUUUUGUUCCUGUAUAUAGAAAUAUUAUUGUAUUAUGAUGUUCUUACAUUGUAUCUCAUGUGAAAAAUUCUCUGUCAGAUUUGAAUAUGUAGUAAUAGUUUCCUUAAUAUAAAACCUUGUAAAAUAGUGCUGUGUCAUUACAGAUGUGUAAUUAUAACCAAAUUUAUAUGACAAGGCUUUUAUAGGAGAGGAAGAGUUUCACUUUUAGUCUUCCUUACCCUGUUUGUUACCUGUCAGGUCUUAAUUUAUCAUCAUUGUGGAUCAUAGCAUCAAUGUUUAUAGGAAUCAUUUCUCAUUUACUUAUUAUCAACCUGCUUAAAACUCCACCCAACCCAUUAAACCAUAGUUUUU